AUGCAGCAACAAAGACGGGACCAGACUCUGCAGAUCCUCUUGGACAUGAUCCAGAUGGUCAAGAGACGGAACCUUGGCGUCCUCCAUCCGUCCUUCAACCUGAGCAAGUGCAUCAAAGAUCGUCUCCACAAACACCUCCCAGCCAAUAUCCACCAAAUCGUCUCCGGCAAAAUGUGCGUGUCGCUCACCAGAGUGCCUGAUGGGGAAAAUGUGCUGGUGUCAGAUUUUCAGUCCAAAGAUGAAGUCGUGGAUGCCCUGCUGUGCUCCUGCUUCAUCCCUUUCUUCUGCGGCUUCUUCCCUCCUUCCUUCAGAGGUGUGCGAUACGUGGAUGGAGGACUGAGUGACAACAUGCCAUACAUUGAUUCCAAAACGACUAUCACCGUGUGCCCCUUCUAUGGCGAACAUGACAUCUGCCCUAAAGUCAAGUCCACGAACUUUCUUCACAUGAACUUUGGCCACCUCAGUCUACGCAUCUGCUCAGGGAACACCUUUCUUCUAUCCAGGACGUUCCUCCCCCCAGAUAUCAAGGUGCACGCAGAGAUCUCCUUUCGCGGAUAUUUAGACGCCUUAAGGUUCUUGGAAGAGAGGGGCAUCUGUAACAAGCUCCAGCCGUGCCUGAAUUUAUCCUCAGAAGAGGUGGAGUCGGAGUUUGCUGUGCCCAGCUGGGAAGAAAAGAGCCCAGAGUCUUCCCCAGGGCCGGUGGCCGCGGAGCUAGGGCCUGAGAAAGAGGAGCUGCUGGAGCACCUGCGCCUCAGCAUCCUGCCCUGGGAUGACAGCAUCCUGGAGACCCUCUCGCCCAAGCUUACCACAGUAAUGACUGGAGCAAUGAAACACAGAGAUGGAUAUGUGAGCAAGAUCUGUAGCUUCUUACCCAUCAGGAUACUGUCCUAUGUGAUGCUGCCCUGUACCCUGCCUGUGGAAUCUGCCAUUGCCUUUAUCCAGAGACUGGUGAUGUGGUUUCCAGACAUCCCUAAGGACAUCCAGUGGCUGCAGGGGGUGACCCCUCAGCUUUGUGCUCAAAUGAUGAUGUAUCUAUUCCCUGCUUCCAGACCCCGAGUGUCAGCGAGCUGCAGGCAGGCGUCCCCACCCAGACUGGAACAUAGCUGGACUCCCUACUCCCCCGGUGACCCAGAUACACACCCCGUGGACUGUCCAGUGGGGGCCAAAGCUCAGGCCACCCAGCAGUCCAUCUUCAAGUCCAGCCCGACCUACUUCUUGGGCAACAAAGUAUCUGCUGGGGCAGAGGCAUGCUCUGUAGACCCUACUUUUCCAAUAGAAAAGAGUCACUGAAUCAUUUGAGGAGGCAAGUCUGGGAAAUUCCCUUGAAGGGGCUGAGACUUUCAAAUCUUUGUGCAGCUACCUCUGCACUGCUGUGUAAUGACUCCAUGCCUGUGACAGGCAUGACCUCUGUGCUAAAUUUAUAGUUUACUGAAACCAAAGGCAAUGGAUUGGGUGUUAUGAAAAGCUAGCAAGCUACAUUUGGUUUGUGUGGAAGUCUAGCACUUAAGGAAAUCUAAUAUUUAAGCAUCAUUUAACUCGGUUGGGAAAUGGCCCCAGGAAGCAGCAUGGAGAGUCCGUCACUGGACUCACAGCCCUGUCAAAGAUUAGACGGUCCCAGUGCCAGGUUCCUGGAAAGGUCACCUUUUGGACAGGUGGGGGCUCGUGGCUGAGGGCUGGGCUGGCCUCAGUGUGGUGGUGGUGAAGGGGGCUGCAAUUAUUCCCCAAGAAGGGCACUGCCUGUCAGGUGGCAUUAAAAAUAACUUAUUUACAUUUUAGACCACCUUUUUGACCUAGCUAAAAUAUUUUAUAAAGAGUUUUAUAUAAAAAUAUAAGAGAAUUUUAUUAUCUAUUGAAUUAUGUAUUAUGUGAAUCAAUGAGAUGUUAAUAGAAUUAAGCCCUAAAGAAAAAAAAAAAAAUCUAGUGUGCAGGGCAGUCGCCCUGGCCCCUGGGCAGGAGCCGAACACAACGGAAGGUCCCGCCUACUUUCCUGCAGCCCUCAACUUGAACUUGGCUUGUGUUCCCUGUGUUUCUGGUCUGCGUUCUUUUUUCUGUUUGCAUCUUCCUGUUUUCUCCUCACCUUGCUUCUCUCUACUCCGCCAGCCUUGAUAGAGAAAGCACUUGAGGAGAGAACCUACCUUUUCCCAGGUGUGGUAAUCUGGUAGCAAGCUCAGCGUAAGAUGAGUGAAGGUGAAAUGCAUGUUUUUUUUCUUAUUUAUGCAUUUUAGUAUAAUAUAUACAACUGGAAAAAGAAACAACAAUAUGUUCCAACUCCUCAGUGUUGGCAAAGGCAGUUACCACUCUCACCUACAUUGUGCAAGUAUCCUGAAGUCAAAGAACUGGCAAGUUCAGGCUUUACUGAGAAGAUGUACCUUUUAAAAGAAAAUGUGGUUCCAGGGGCAAACUCUGUGUGAGCUGUUCUCUUGAGCUGCCAUGAGAUUGUGAACUCCACAAAAGCAGAGGCUACUUGUGAAAAUCCGGAGUCCUCGCCUAGUGCACAGAAGUCCCCUCUGGGGCAGGAGUUCUGGAUUCAGUCCUGGCUUUCCAGUUCUGGUAGUGCCCGCUUCCUAAGUGAGGUGAGGGCUGGUGAGUGGUGGGCUCCCCCACCCACCCAGGC